AUGUCCGCAGCACCAACCUCUGGCGCCGCCCCAACCACAAAGGCCACCAGCGCCGAUAAAUCAUCCGCCGAUGCGUCGAAAGAUCAAAAGCCUGUUACCACAUUAGAGGAAGAUGAUGAGUUUGAGGACUUCCCAGUUGAGAACUGGAGCCAAGAAGACACAGAAGUACCCGGCGACAACACACAUUUGUGGGAAGAGAGCUGGGAUGACGAUGAUACUUCGGAGGAUUUCUCCGCGCAGUUGAAGGAAGAAUUGAAGAAAGUCGAAGCAAACAAGAAGAGAUGA